AUGAGUUCUAACAGAUCAGUUUCUUUAUCUGCUGGAAAAGACAUGAAAAAUAAUAAUUUAGUGCAAGGAAAAGAAGAAGAAGAGGAUGAUGUACCAAAUAGUAAAGAUAUUGAUAUUGUUGGUGCAAUAAGCACUUUGAAUUUAGAUGAUGAUGAUGAAGCUACUGCUAGUACUACUAGUCCAACUGAUAAAGUAGUAGGAGUAAAUGAUGGUUUGAUUUAUGGAUCUUUAACUCCACAAGCUUCUUUUCCAAAGGCAAAUGGUGGAGGAGGAAGUGCUUGGAAUCAUGUUACUCAACUGGCCCCUCCACCUCAAUCAAGUAGUAACAAUGGAGGAAUGAAUGGAGUUUUUGUUAAGCCAUUUGAAUUACCAGAAACUAAAGAAGAUGCUAAUAAAAAACAAACUACAAACGGAUUAAAUUUACCAUUGUUUGAUGAAACUAGUAAAAUGGUCAAUUCAGCUAUUCCAUUUGUUCCUGGGAAUAUGGGUUUCCCACCGGUUGUUGCACCACCUCCUCCACCACCACCCCAUGGAGUUUCAAAUCUUCCACCUCCUGGACCUCAUCAUCCUAAUGGUCAAGGUAUUGGUCCUAUGGCACCAAUGGGAGUUCCACCAUUUAGUCCUUUCCCACCUCCACAUCCUUCAUUUUAUCAAGGUUAUGUUCCUUCACCACCAGGUGAAUUCCAAAAUUUUGAAAACAUGGGUCAUAUUCCACCAGGUAUCAACAAUACUUCAACUCAGCAACAACAACAACAACAACAACAACAGCAGCAGCAACAAUUACAACCACAACAUCACAUGUGGAGUCCAAUUCCUAGCCAAAGAAUUCUUUAUCAACAGGGUAUGCAACCACAUCAACAAAUGGUUCCACAACAUCAUGCACCUCCACAAGGAAUUCAACAAAACCCAAAUGGUAUGCCAAUUUCAAUGCAACAAAGCCCUCACUACCAACAUAACCACCCUCAUCAUCAUCACCACCACCAACAACAACGUUAUCGUAAUAAUGGAAUGAUGAAUGUUCAUCGUAAAAAUAUGAGAAGAAAUAGAGGUGGUCCUCAUAAUCCAGAUGAUGCUGACAAAUAUGUCAAUGCUAAGGUUCAAGAUUUUACUGGUUCUAUCUUAUCAUUGUGUAAAGAUCAACAUGGAUGUAGAUUUUUACAAAGAGAAUUGUAUAAUGAAACUAACACUGAUUUGAUAUUCAAUGAAAUUUGUCCAAAGAUUAGUGAAUUAAUGAUUGAUCCAUUUGGUAAUUAUUUGGUUCAAAAAUUAUUUGAGAUGGUUAAUUCGGAUCAACGAUUGAUUUUAAUUAAGAAUACCAGUUCAGAAUUGUUAAGAAUUAGUUUAGAUCCUCAUGGAACAAGAGCAUUCCAGAAAUUAAUUGAUGUUAUUGAAACUGAAGAAGAGAUUAAUAUUAUUAUUGAUAAAGUUUCUCCACAUGUUGUUACGUUAAUAUAUGAUUCCAAUGGUAAUCAUUUAAUUCAAAAAAUCAUUACUAAAUUAGCACCAGAAAUUUUCUAUGAGAUAAUUUGUGAUAAUUUAUUUAGCAUUGCAUGUCAUAGACACGGUUGUUGUGUCUUACAAAAAUGUUUAGAUCAUGGUUCAGAAUCUCAAAGAAAACAAUUAAGUUUGGAGAUUAGUAAAUACACUUUUGAAUUAUCUUUAGAUCCAUUUGGUAAUUAUGUGAUUCAAUAUAUUUUGAAAAAAGGAGAUAAAGAAUCAAUUGAUACUUUAUUGGAAAAAAUUAAAUUCAAUUUGAUUAAUUUGUGUACUAAUAAAUUUGGAUCAAAUAUUAUAGAAUGUUUACUUAGAAUUCCAAUAUUGAGUACUGAAUUAAUUAAUUGUUUAAUUGAGAAAUCUGAUGAAUUUUAUAAAAUGGUUAAUGAUCCUUUUGGAAAUUAUGUUAUUCAAACAUCUUUAGAUGUUUCUAAUGUUGAACAAUUUGAGAAAUUAAAACUUGCAUUGUUACCUUUAUUACCAAAUAUUAAAAACACUCCUCAUGGUAGAAGAAUAUUAAACAAACUUCAAUAA